AUAUUUUUCUCACUCGAUCGCCUCCAUCAUUGUGCAGAGGAAUCAAACGAGUCGUGUGCAGAUUUUAUAAUCUCUUAUUUUGAGCCAGUGAAUCCCACGGAUCCAAAUAAAUCUUCAAAAUGCAGGGCAUGAGCUUGGCCAGCAUCAAGAAAAACCCGGCGCUGAUCCCGCUGUACGUGUGCGUCGGUUUGGGUGCCGUUGCCGCCGUUUUCUACACGGCGCGUCUCGCUCUCCGUAGCCCCGAAGUCACCUGGAACCGCAAGGGCAACCCGGAGCCAUGGGAGGAGUUCAGAAACAAGCAGCACAAGUUCUUCUCCCCCAUCAGGGACUACUCCAACAUCCAGAGCCCGGCCCCCAAGUACACCGAUUAAGCUACAGCGUAGCAUUGCACGGUUUAACACACCCGGAAGAAGAUUGUAGCACCCUGUGUAGCGACAUUAUGCACACAUAGAAAAUCUGCGAUUUGGUGUGAUUAAUAAGAACAAGUAAGGUUGAAAAGUAAGUUUAAUAAAAAGUCAAAUGUAUUAAAAAACUUAAACCGCUACCAAAUCGAA